AUGGAUCCUGCAGUUAUCGCGCGUUUGUGCUGUGACUUAUACUCAAAAUUACCGAAAAAAGGCAAACCAACUAAAGAUCAGUGGACUGUUUUGAGCGCGAUCGUUGAGAUAGAUCAUGAACUUCCGAGAAACCGCGUCGUAGCUCUCGGCACUGGUACGAAGUGCCUCGGUUUAUCGCAGGUGGUCCUCAAUGGUACCUCUGUGUCGGACAGUCACGCGGAAGUGGUAACUCGACGUGCCUUCAUUUUAUAUUUGAUGGAUCAAAUGAAAAUGCCGCGUGGUGAAUCAGUAUUUGAACGUGAUGGCGAAGAUGGAUCCUUCUCCCUCAAAUCCAACAUUGAGUACGUGUUCUUUUCGACUUGUUCGCCGUGUGGCGAUGCAGCCAUCAUCCACAAAAAUUCCGGAGGAGACGAGAAAUCCAUGACAGGAGUGUCCGAAAAGCGUGAAACCUCCGAAUGGGACAUUCCCGCCAAGAGAAUGAAACGUGAUCUUCGUUGCGGCAUGGAAUCGAAAGCGUCAGAGAAUCGUUCCCGAGAUGAUUAUACCGAAGGCCCUGAUGUUUACAGGACGGGUGCCAAAUGCAUCCCAGCUGGUUUGCAAGACCCGAAGAGCAGCGGUGUGGAUUACCACGUGACUGGGCCGUUGAGAACGAAACCUGGUCGUGGAGAACCUACGGCGUCCCUGAGCUGCAGUGACAAAAUGGCCAAGUGGCUCCGCGUCGGCCUCCAAGGCGCUCUUUUGUCGCGGUACUUAGAGAAGCCUAUCACUUUCUCGUCGUUCGUGCUACUCGUGGAUGAGAAGGACUCUGAAGCAACUGCGAAGGCUCUGAAGAGAUCUUUGUUGCAUAGGUUUCAUACUCCGCCGAUUCAAGCCUUGGAAAUUUAUUGUGUUGGAGGGCAUGAAGUUUUUCGAAAUCGGGUUGGUGAUCCGGCCCCGUGCAGUGUGAUUUGGUAUCUUGGCAAGGACUUUCCAGAUGUUGUUGUUGAUGGAUUCAAACUCGGCGCCACGAAGAAGAUUCUUGGAACAGAACGAGCAGCAGUUUGCAUAUCUCGUUUGAAGAUAUUCUCGAAAUUCUGUAAUGAUAUCUUGCCCGAGACUGAUCAAGAAACUGCUUACGAAUACUUGAUUGAAAAGUUGAAGAGCGUUUCGUAUUUGUCAAAGUGGAAGGAUUUGAAGAGCAGAGAUUUUCACGGAAUUCCGUUCAAGUCACCUCCCGAAAUUGUUGUUCGUCGUGCGAUCACGAACCGUGUGGUUUUGCCGUUAACUGUGGAUGAGUACCAAGUAGGACAGCUUUAUUCCGUCGCCGAGGCGAGUAAGAAUGAAACCGGAGGCGGGGAAGGAAUCGAAGUGCGGAAAAACGAACCGUUUGAAAAUUAUCCUCUGCUCGGAGGGGAAUAUUCCUCUGGCCAGUACACAUACAAGGUUUAUCACCUUGCAAGCAAAGUGCCCGCGUUUCUUCGAUUCCUUGCUCCGAAAGGAUCUCUCGAGAUCCACGAAGAAGCGUGGAAUGCCUAUCCGUAUUGUAAAACCGUUAUUACUAAUCCCGGGUACAUGAAGGAGAACUUCGUGAUCAUCAUCGAAACAUUACAUUUAGGAGAUAGUGGAACUACCGAGAACGCCCACCGAUUGACCCCGGAUAAAUUGAAACAGCGGGAAGUUGUUCGGAUUGACAUUGCGAACGAUCCGGUUCAAUCGAGUGACUUUAAACCCGACCAGGACCCAACCAAGUUCAAAUCCAAGAAAACUGGUCGGGGUCCGCUUACUGGCGAAUGGAUAAACAAGACCGUCCUAGUAGACCCUGUGAUGACUUGUUACAAGCUGGUCACCUGUGAGUUCAAGUGGUUCGGAGUGCAAACCCGAGCCGAAAACUUCAUCCAGAAGUCCGAGCGUCGUCUGUUCACCAACUUCCAUCGCCAGGUGUUCUGUUGGCUGGAUAAAUGGCAUGGGCUGACAAUGGAUGACAUCCGGCGCAUAGAAGACGAAACGAAGAAGGAAUUGGAUGAGCAACGCCAUAAAGGGGAAGUGCGAGGGAUGAAGGCGGAUGAUUGAGCCGGUUUCCUGAUUGGAUUAUUCCCCGGAAUUUUCCCCUCCGCGAAGUACGCCCAACGCCUCAUAGUUCUUCGCGGAGGUGCCCAAUUGGAUUUCAUGAUUCGUCAAGUUUUUUUUUUGUAUCGUUCCUCGUGAUAUGAAGUCGGUUUCUAUUUGGUUUUCUGCGGCGUCCCGGUGUUCGGUUGAAAACAAAAUUCCUGGCCGUGCAUGAAUUGGUUCCGUCGAGUUGCGGAGUGGGUUAAGGAAGACUAGGGUAGGGUUAUUUCGCCUCUCACGCAGACUUUUAUGGAACGAAGCCGUGACUUGCCGAUUGAGUCCGGAUGACGGGGUUCAGUCUCUGGUGCAUCUUUUUGCGUUUCAUUACUCGGAACGGGGGAUAAAAUAGGAACACGAUCGACAACAUAUCACUGCUUCAGCAUCCGUGUUUUGUUUCGUGAUACGCAGUAUUAUUCGAAGUUACUUUUUUCUCCUCAUUUCGAGUCAUUUCUAGCAUCAUUUUACUGCUCAAGGCACGUAUCAGAGCGAGUCAAAAAAAAACUAAAAAGCCACAUACAGAAAAGGUAUGUUCUGUUCAGUUCCCACAGGGAUUAUUUCACGAUUUUGAAUACUUCAUGCGUUUUGCCUGAGAAUAUAAAACUGUGGUAGGACCUUCAAUAUCCAGGCUGAUGACCGGAUGCUUUCUUCCAAGUGAUCACAGAGAAAACCUACAAUUAUUCAGCGAUGUCUUGGCUAGUUCAUCGACGUUCUCUCAGUUAUCAAGUGCAAUUAAUUUCCCUGGCUUGACGUGAAAAAGUCUAUGAAAUUUAUUUCGUCGCCGCAUUUUUACAUUUCGGUUUCAUUUACCUGCGAAGCAUGAGAGAAAUCGAGUAUACCUUCAAAACUUAAAACCUCUUCUUCGUUUUAGAAACAGGGGAUUUUGUUGAUCCCGAUAUUUUUCGAUUAACCUGUCCAAAAUUUACUAGUUCCCACGAAGACGACCCAAAAUUAUUUAGCGAUGUCAUGGAUUAGUUCAACCACGCUCUUUCAAAUAUUCAAGUGCAAUUAAUUUUCCUGACUUGACGUGAAAAAUUCCGUGAAAGCUGUUCGGUUGUCUCAUUUUUACGUUUCAUGAGAAAAUCGAGGACAACUUCAAAAUUUUAAACCUCAUCUUCCUUUUCAAUCUUUUGAAAACUGGUAAUUUUGUUGAUCCCGAUAUUUUAACUUCCGUAUUUUUUAAUUGAACUGCCCGAAAUGUAGUAGUUUCAGUUUUAACGCAUUACGAUUGCAUGUUUUUCAGCCGCGUUGAGGAUUGUAUUCACUAUGCACGAAUGCAGGGAUUAUCAAGGUUCAACAUACCACAUUCUGUAGUUUUGUUAAAACUUCGAAGCCAUUAUGAUUACCGUAUUUAUUCAAAUAUCGGCCGCGUACUUAAUUGAUCAUCUGAGGCGAAAAUGUUUAAGAACAUACAGUAUUCCGAAUGCAGUGGUGCUGUAUCUCAAAUUACGCCUCAUGCUAACUUCCGAAACCAGUUUAAUGCAACGUAUGCGGCCUAUAUUUCUGUGAACAUGGUGUUUCAUUGUUUAAAAAUAGGGUAAAUUUGACAGAAACCCCGACAUCUGCAGUCGCUGGUCUUCCGAACUGCGUCACAUGCUUUCAGCCUCUGUCGAAUUCUUUUUUUUCCGGGGCAUUUUUACGGGAAGGAUCGGGUGAACGAUCGCUCUUCAUACAUUGGCAACGAAGGAGUCAGUCUCGUUGUCAGGAAUAUCGUUUUUGAGGAAGGAAGGCCCCGCUUAAACGCGGGAGGAUCUUAGUGGAAGUUUACUUGAAUCUUUCAAAAAGGUUUUCGCAUAUUUCCGGCAAGAGCCGCGCCAUUUUAAUUUUUUCUGUUUUGCGCGGGGCAACCGAGGGGUUAUUUUGUGAGGCUUGGUGAACUGAUUUUGCGCGCUGCUAAUGGAUUCUUUUUUUUAGUGCAUAAUUUCGCGUGAUUGGACAAUUGAGCGCGUCUCAGAACAGCGAAGUGUAGAUUUCAGUGUAGAUUUCAUUCUUUCAGAACGGUCUUUCAGUGCCACAUAUUGGGCUAGUCACUGUAAAGCGUUUCUGAUCAAAUGAUUUUUGUUCGAUUAACCCGAUUGAGAGCAUCUGAUCGUAAGUAGAUUGUCUUUUUGUGUUUUUUUUUUGGGGGGGGGAUUUAAAUGGUGUGAUUGGAUGCAAUUUUCGAAACCUUUCGGUCUCCUAAUGUUUCUUGUUUUCGGGUGCUGGUUUCUUGGAAGAAAAAUUUUUCACUUACUCAUUUUUGGCCGUUUGAGACGCGCUCAAAUGUGACAUGAAUUUUUUUUGCGUUCUCGGUAGUGAUGUCACGUGUGCUGGGGAAAUUCUUCCGGUGAUUGACGAUUUAUAAUAAUCAUGAUCGAAAUUUUUUCGGUUGUCCCGCGCAUGACCCUGUUCAUGUGAUUUCCGAGAGGGUUCGGACUCGUAGGAUGUUUAGCUUGCCGUUUUUAUUUUCUCCUUUCCCUGUGACGUGUUGUCCCUCGCAGGUUUUUAUUUAUUUAUUUAUUUAUUUAAGUUGAUUUUUUUGGGGGGGGGGG